AUGGAGCUGGUGAAGACGCGGCUCUGCGAGUGGACGCCCAGCGCCAUCGACGCACUCGCCUUCCAGCCGGUGAAGGGCUCGGAGAGAUCCCAGCGCCUGGCAGUGGGCCGGGCCAGCGGCGCCUUGGAGCUGUGGGACACGGGCACGUGGCACUUACUCGCCUCCAGCCCUGGGAAGGCGAGACGGUCCUUUCGCACCAUCCUCUGGCUGGAGGGCCGCCUCAUCUCCGGCGGCCUUCACCGGGAGAUCACGGAGUGGGACCCCGAGACCCUGGAGCCCAUUGAGUCCCUGGCCAGCGGCGGGGGGGCCAUUUGGGCCCUCUGCGCCGCAGGGAGCAAAACGCUCUGUGCGGCCUGUGACGACGGCACAGUGCGAGUCGUGUCGCUGGAGGGUGGCGUCGGGUCGAUGAUGUACGCGCGCCGGAUCAACGUGGCCUCGGAGAGGAUUCUCAGCCUGGCCUCCGAGGGAUCCUUUGUCUUCGCCGGGGGGUCCGACAGCCGCAUCACCAAGUGGUCCUUGGAGACUGGCGUUUGCGAAGGGGGCAUGAAGCUGGAGCGGCCCCCGAGCGGGCAGACCUUGGUUUGGAGCUUGGUCAGCCUUCAGGACUCGAUGCUGGCGAGCGGGGAUAGCCUGGGUCUGGUGCAGAUCUGGGACACGGUCGCCUCGGUGGUGCUGCAUCGCUUCGUGCAGCAUCAGGGGGACGUGCUGGCCCUCGCGGCCAGCCGCACGGCGCUACUCAGCGGUGGCAUCGAUGCCAAGGUCUCGUUCUUUGCGCGGGGUGCCCCUGGCCAGGAGCGGUGGGUCUUCCGCGACGCGCACAUCUGCCACAAGCAUGACAUCCGCGCCAUCGCCCUAGAGCCUCAGCAAGCGCCGGCGCAGGCGGAGGCGCCCAACUUUGUGUCUGGGGGCGUGGCGGGGCGCCUCUUCGUGAAGCAGGGCCAGGGCCGGCCGCGGGAGUGCAGCGCCUUCUCGCCCUUGCUGCAGAAGGCGUGGGUGGCGCAGGCGAGCCGGCUGGUCUUGUGUCAGGAGGGCCCGCAGCUUCAGCUGUGGUUCAUGAAGGAGACAGAGAAGCUCGAGGAGGACUCGAUCGCGCUACCCGAGGCACAGCUGGUGAUGACUUUGAGUUUGGCGGGCAACGCCUUGGGGCCCGACGGCACCAAGCGCAGCGGAGAGCACCUGGCAGCGGCGGCGCUCACCGAGGACGGCAAGGUGGUGGCGGCCAGCGACAUGAUGGGCACCCGGGUCUUCGAGGUCUCCGUGGAGCACCUCCAGGUGCAGCGCCUCAAGGGCCUGCCGCCGGAGGUGGCCAAUGCGGCGGCCCGGGCGCUGCAGUUCUGCCGGAGGAACAUCCUGGCCAUUGCCGUGUGGCACGGGAGCAGCAUUCUGCUCCUAGACUGCAAGACGAAGACUGUCGUGGCCACCUUCCUGGAGCACCAGUCACCUGUGACUCUCCUGGCUGCUUCGCUGGGGAAGUCCGAGUGGCUGCUCAGUGCUGACCUUGCCGGUCAGGUGCAUGCCUUCAGCCUGGACAGCCUUCAGCACCACGCCGCGGUGCCUGGCUCCGGGGACCAGGUGACGGCCCUUGGCUUUGACGCCUCGGGGAAGAAGGCAGUGCUGGUGACGGCCCGGCACCAGGUGAUGAUCUUCGACGUGAAGGCCAAGGGCGUGACGUGCGCUCUCGAGGUGGCCAUCCCCCAGAAGUUCCUCGCACCCCACGCCCGCGUCUGCGGGCUCGCGAGCUUCCAGCGGCGCCCCCGGAAACUGCUGCUCUGGGGCCACGGCUUCUUGCUGGCCAUGGAUUUGGACCUGGUCCAGGCGGAGCCGGCCGAGAAGGGCGGGCCCUGGAAGGUGUGGCCCCAGCGCCACAUCCUGGGCCUCGCCUCAGUGGCGGGGCCCUGGGCGCCGCUCACCAGCCCGCAGCAGCGCAGGGAGAGCGAAGGCGAAGAAGGAGACCCACCGGUGGUGCUCACGGUGAAGGUGUCGCAGGAAGCCGUGGACAAGGCCUUGCCGCUGCCUUUCGAGCGGAAGAAGUACCUCAAGCGCAAGGAGCUGCCUACCUGA